AUCUUCGCGUUCCCGCUGCUGAACGACGCCUACUGCGACGCGCUUAUGGACGAGGCGGCGCACUUUCAGGCCAGCGGGCUGCCCGUGGCUCGCCCGAACAGCAUGAACAACUACGGGCUCAUACUCAACGAGAUUGGGAUGGAACAAGCCAUGGACGCGCUGCAGGCGCGGGUGCUUUCGCCGGUCGCCGAGGCGCUGUUUCCGGCUCAGGGCGGCGGCUGCCUCGACGGCCACCACUCGUUUAUAGUCCAGUACUCGGAGGGGGCGGACCUGGGGCUUGACAUGCACACCGACGACAGCGACGUGACCUUCAACGUCUGCCUCGGAAAGGAGUUCUCGGGCGCCGGGCUGCAGUUCUGCGGUGUCCUCGGCGGGCCCUCGCACCGCAAGCGCAGCCUCGUCUAUCACCACGCCAAGGGCAGAUGCGUGGUGCACCUGGGCGCGCACAGGCACGGCGCGGACGACCUGGAGAGCGGCGAACGCCUCAACCUGAUAAUCUGGAACCACUCCAGC